CACUUCGAAAAUGCUCGACCUUUAACACAUGCGAUUUUGAACUGUUUCUUUGCCCUCUCUAGUUUUUUGAAUUUCUAGUAGACCGUUUAUUCUCUCUCCUCCCCUUCUCUCUCUACGAAGAAACACUCUCAUCCCUGCCGGCGUGUGUCUGAUCGCAGAUCUAUCAGUAAUUGUGUUAUUCUGUCAUUCCGAUUUCGUGUUUGGAUCUUCAAACGUGGUUGAAAAUUAAGUUUAUCAGUAAUCGAGUUAACAGUAAUCUGGUUAAAACUUAAAAGGCUUGUUUGUGGAGAGCUGGGGUAGGGUUAAUUAAAGCGAGUUUAGCAAAGUUUAUUACGCAGAUAGAUUCUCCUUGCAAUUACUAAGACCUGAUAAUGCUUUUGGGGGAACAAUACAUAGAGAUUUACAAGCAAGCAUGUAAUAAGGAGAUCAGCAAUGGAAAGCGAUUUGAUGGGUUCUUCUUCUGAUGGCCUCAACAAACCACUUCAAAAAAUGCGAUCUCUAAAUGGGAGAACUAGUGGCCCUACAAGACGUUCAACAAAGGGGCAAUGGUCUGCUGAAGAGGAUGAAAUUCUGUGUAAAGCUGUUCAGCAAUUCAAUGGCAAGAACUGGAAAAAAAUUGCUGAGUGUUUCAAGGAUCGAACUGAUGUUCAAUGCUUGCAUCGGUGGCAGAAGGUUUUGAACCCUGAGCUUGUUAAAGGUCCAUGGUCAAAAGAGGAAGAUGAAGUAAUAGUUCGUUUAGUAGAGCAAUAUGGAGCUAAAAAAUGGUCCACCAUUGCACAACACCUACCUGGACGUAUUGGUAAGCAGUGUCGUGAGAGGUGGCAUAAUCAUCUGAAUCCUAACAUAAACAAGGAGGCAUGGAGUCAAGAAGAGGAAAUAGCAUUGAUUCAUGCUCAUCAAGUUUAUGGGAAUAAGUGGGCUGAGUUGACAAAAUACUUGCCUGGAAGAUCGGAUAAUGCUAUCAAGAAUCAUUGGAACAGUUCUGUUAAAAAGAAACUAGAUUCCUACUUAGCAUCCGGUUUGCUUCCACAAUCCUCCCAAGGAUUGCCACCUGUCACCCGAACUAACCAAUCAUCUGCUUCCACAUCAUGGGCACAACAACAACAACAACAACACAGUGGAGAUGAAAGCAUCCGAAAAGAAACUGAAGACAUCUCAGAAUGUAGCCAAAUGUCAAUUGUUAUGUAUCCUCAAAACGAAAGUCAACCACAUGAAAAUUCAAGUCAACCCAAUGACUUUGACUCUUAUCCGACUUCAAGUUUGACCCGUGAUUCCUUAAUCAUGGACCAAUCUUUCUCACAUGAUUGGGAAAUGAUUCAGAUUCCGAUUUCAAUUCCUUCCCUGGAUUCAACAGACCAAUCAGAAUUCAUCAACUGUAUAGAUCUUGAUCAAAACCAUGAAGCCGUGUUACCAUAUCCAAUCGAAAAUAUCGGUAAUGAUGACGUGGCAGAUGUUAUGCUGAUGUCAGCAGCAGAUGAAUCUGAAAAUCCGAAUAGCAACGAAGUUUUAAAUGAAACUGAUUUAAUAAACACACAAUCAUAUUAUUCAGACUUGUUGUUAGCUUCAUGUUAUCAGUCUGCUGUAUACAUGCCAAUUCAACCACAAUCUUUUCCUCCAAUUGAAGAACAACAACAAGAACAAAAACAAGAAGAAGAAGAAGAAGAAAUUCCUGUGAUUUCCGACACAAAUGAUUCUAAAAAUUCUUGUAAUUGUGAAGAUAUUAACAACACAGGAUCACAAAGUAAUGAAACGGGAGUUUUAUCAUAUGAUCCACCUCGAUUUCCGAGUUUAGAGAUCCCGUUUUUCAGCUGUGAUUUAGCACAAUAUGGUGGAGGAGAUAUGCAACACGAAUACAGUCCAUUGGGAAUCAGGAAGUUGAUGAUGUCAUCAAUGAAUUGUUUUAGUCCGUACAGAUUAUGGGACUCGCCGCGAACCGCCAGUCCGGAGGCGGUGCUGAAAAGUGCCGCCAAGACUUUUACAGGCACACCGUCGAUUUUGAAGAAACGAAACCGGGAUUUGUGUUCGCCUUUGUCGGAAAAACGAUGUGAAAAGAAAGUGGAGAGGGAAUCUUUUUGUAAUUUGGCUAGAGAUUUUUCUAGGUUAGAAGUUGUUUUUGAUGACAAUAAGGAACAAGAUUUGGGAACAUUUGUUGAAGAUAAAGAGAAUUUGAAUCCAGAAGGUGUUGAUGGGACCUUAUUGAAAGUUCAGGUUCAGUCAUCGGGGGUUCUUACAGAACAGAAUUUGGAUAAUUUGUCGUUUUUUUCUCCUGAUAAGUUUACCAACAAAUCGGAUACACCCAAGGGGUCGAAUUGUAAAUUUUUGGAAAAAAGAAGCUCAAAAUCACAGUUGGGUGUUGAAAAUUCAGCAAAUGAUACUUGGGGUGAAAACUUGAAUAUAUUUAGUGAAACACCUUUGAAGAGAAGCUUUGAAUCUCCUUCUGCAUGGAAAUCCCCUUGGUUUUCUUUUCUACCUGGGCCAAGAGUUGAUACAGACAUAACAAUUGAGGAUAUUGGUUACUUUGUGAGUCCAAGGGAAAGAAGCUAUGAUGCUCUUGGGUUGAUGAAAGAGUUAAGUGAGCACACUGCUACUGCAUAUGCAACUGCUCAAGAGGUGUUAGGAGAUGAAACUCCUGAUUCCAUUAUAAACAAAAGAUAUGCAGAAAAGACUCAACAAGAAUCAUCAAAUCUCUUGACAGAAAGACGCGUGUUGGAUUUUAGUGAAUGUGUGAGUCCUGCAAAAGGAGCCGAGAGUACAAGACAUGUGACAAAUUUAAGUUCAAGUUCAUCUUCUUAUCUGUUGAAGGGUUGUAGGUGACUUCACUUAAAAAACUCAAGAAAAAGUUUAUAUACAUGUUAUAUAUUAAGUAUAUAUGUUAUAUAUUAUUACCAUUUAUUAUUACUUUAUCAAAUCUUUGUUGUAAUGUAAUGUGAUAUAAUUAUUGUUUGUC